AUGGCUUCUUCGCUUCCUAUCUAUUCGCUGCAGGAUGUCUCGCGGCAUAAUACCGCAAAGGACCUCUGGAUAGUAAUCGACAAGGAAGUUUACGAUGUCACCCAAUUUCAGGCAGAGCAUCCCGGUGGCGAGAGGAUCCUGCGAAAGGUCGCCGGAAAAGAUGCAACGGACAAAUUCCUCGAGUAUCAUGACGCCUCAAUCCUCGCCCGUUAUCGGGAGCGCUUACAAGUUGGAGUGUUGGUUGAGGGACCGGAGCCAAAGAAGGGAUUCCUCAGUAGAUUCUUUCGCUCAUGA